UUGCCUAUGCCCCCUUGUUCUGCCCCCUUUCCUCCCCCCUUCUAAAUUGGAGAUGUUCUCAGGACAGCGCCCAGGAGACUGGCUGGAAUCAGUUUUGGAGGGUGAUGCACCGCGACAGCUAAAAGUUGGAUAGGGUUUCAGCAGCUCCUAUAUAUAAAGCAGGGGGGACUUAUGUCACUGCACUAAUUAAAUUCCAACUGGGUUGUUCCUCGGGGUGUUUUCGAGCCUGCCACCCAACUCGAGCAGGCAGAGGGGCCGAGGGACAGCAUGAUGAUGGACCUUUUCGAAACUGGCUCCUAUUUCUUCUACUUGGACGGGGAGAAUGGAGCCCUGCAGCAGCUGGAGAUGGCGGAGGGUUCCCCGCUGUACCCAGGCAGCGACGGCACCUUGUCCCCGUGUCAGGACCAAAUGCCGCCGGAGGCCGGCAGCGACAGCGGCGGCGAGGAGCAUGUGCUGGCCCCCCCGGGCCUGCAGCCCCCUCACUGCCCCGGCCAGUGUUUGAUCUGGGCUUGUAAAACCUGCAAGAGAAAGUCGGCCCCCACGGACAGGCGGAAAGCGGCCACCCUGCGGGAGAGGAGGCGGCUGAAGAAGAUCAACGAAGCCUUCGAGGCGCUGAAAAGGCGGACUGUGGCCAACCCCAACCAGCGGCUGCCCAAGGUGGAGAUCCUGAGGAGCGCCAUCAGCUACAUCGAGAGGCUGCAGGACCUCCUGCACAGGCUGGAUCAGCAGGAGAAAAUGCAGGAGGUCGGGGGGGACGCCUUCAGCUUCAGCCCCAAGCAGGCAAAUGGCUCGGACUUCCUCGGCACCUGCGGCUCCGACUGGAGAAACCUCUCCGACCAUUCCCGGGCGCUGGGAGCCAGCCCCAGAGCAGGAGGCUCCGCCGUCGAGUCGUCGGCUUCCAGCAGCCUGCGCUGCCUCUCCUCCAUAGUGGACAGUAUUUCCUCCGACGAGCCCAAGCUGCCCGGCGUGGAGGAAGCGGUGGAGAAAUGAGGCAGGGCCCGCGGGGCUCGGGCCGAGGUACCGCCGCCCGCCCAGCCUGACGGAGCGGCCCUCGGCGACCCGAGCCCGAAGGACUCCUUCUGACCCCCACCCCCAUUUCACCCCGAGUUUUGUUUUCUUUACGCCUCGUCGCAUAGACCAGCCUCCCCCCCAGUUUUUCCGUUUUUAAUUUAAGAGACUUACUCGCGUGCCGGUGAUCCGCUUUGCCCGAGGCUCACCGAAACGUCCAUUCCUGUCUGAGUGGAGCUGCCGGCUGCCUUCCGUGUUAGUGGCGUUCAGAGAGGUCCCGCCUCGUUGCGUUUCUGUAAAUACUUUUAGUACUGUCUUUUCUUUUGUAAACACGGAAAAAAAAAAAAAAAAGAAAAAAGAAAAAAAAAAAAAAAAGAGAAUAUAUAUAUAUUUAAAUGGUGGGAUGUGAUAUUGUAUAUAAGGACGGACGGAUUUCCCGGGUUGUAAAAUAAAGCCCUUUGUGUUA